AUAAGCCUAAUGUGGAAAGGUGUGGAACAGUGGUUCAAGAAUCGAGAUUUUAAGCUUAUGAGCAUUGAUCUUUCAAGUAAUAAGUUGACAGGUGAUAUACCAAAAGAGGUUGGAUAUUUACUUGGGUUAGUUACUUUGAAUUUAUCAAGAAAUAAUCUGAGUGGAGAAAUUCCUUCAGAGAUAGGAAAUUUAAGUUCACUAGAGUCGCUUGACUUAUCAAGAAAUCAUAUCAGUGGGGGAAUUCCUUUCUCACUUUCUCAAAUUGAUUUUCUUGGCAAGUUAGAUUUGUCACACAACUCUCUCUCUGGAAGAAUACCAUCAGGAAGACACUUUGGAACUUUUGAUGUCUCUAGUUUUGAAGGGAAUGUUGGCCUUUGUGGUGAACAACUUAACAGAACUUGUCCUGAAGAUGGAAAUCAGACAACGAUAAAGGCUCAAGAAGAUGGAACAGUUAAUGAUGAUGAAGAUAAUGGUUUCUAUGAAGCACUGUGUAUGAGCAUGGGGAUUGGAUAUUUCACUGGAUUUUGGGGCUUAUUAGGGCCAAUGCUACUUUGGCAUUCUUGGAGAAAUACUUAUCUGAGGUUCCUAAACAGAUUGACAGAUGGUAUAUAUCGAUAAUAUGCAUGCCAAGUAUUGUUGGUGCUUUGAUUGCAAGAAAAAGGUUGUUGCCAUUGUGCUACGUACCCACUUCUGAUUACCUGGGAUGAAAGCAAGCAUCAUCGUUAGCCAUACAAGUCCCAGAUAUGUAUUUAGUGUUAGUUUGAAUGUUUUUGCAGUAAGUAAUUUAUUUCAAAGUCU